AUGGAGCUAAACGUCUUCGUUCUUCUACUCGCUGUAUCGUAUUACGUGGUAGCCCGAGUUGUGGACUGCCGGACUCUGCCAGGUGAUGUUGGUUGGCCAUCACGAGAGGAUUGGAUGAAUCUCAACGCUUCAGUCCAUGGACGCCUAUUCUCUAUCGUGCCACUGGCAACAGUAUGUCAUGGUGCCAACUUUGACCCGGAACAAUGCAAGGCUUUGAGGGAGAACUGGUCCAGCUACCUGACACAUGCAGAAACAGCAGGGUCAGUUAUCCCACCAUAUUACCAGAAUCAGACCUGCAAUCCCUUUACGACUCGGUCCUCAAGAUGCGAGAUGGGAAACCAUGUCUCAUACGCUAUCAGAGCCGGUUCAGCAAAGGACAUCGCCUCCGGUAUAAAGUUUGCAAGAGACAGAAACGUUCGCCUCGUCAUCAGAAACACUGGUCAUGAUUUCUUAGGCAAAUCCAUCGGCCGAGGCGGUUUGGCUAUCUGGACCCGAGAUCUCAACAAGGCCGAGUUUAUACCUUCCUACAGAAGUGCGCUUUAUGAGGGGCCAGCCAUGAAACUAGGGGCUGGCAUCCGAGCUUUUGAAGCUGUGGAAGCUGCCCACUCCAACAAGGUACGGCUCAUUACUGGCUACUGCUCUACCGUGGGCAUAGUCGGUGGCUUCCUCCAAGGUGGCGGCUCCGGCCCGUUGUCGUCUGUUUACGGCCUGGCAGCUGAUCAAGUUCUGGAAUACGAAGUUGUCACUGCGUCAGGCGAGGUUGUCACUGCGUCCCCAUUCGAACACAAAGAGCUUUACUGGGCUCUCAGCGGCGGCGGUGGAGGCACGUUCGGCAUUGUCGUAUCUGCUACGGUCCGCGUAUUUGAAGACGGGAGAAUGGGAGGUGCCAAACUUCGGUUUUCCCGAAACAAUGUGGAAAGCGAUACUGUCUAUGACCUGCUCGGCUCUUUGUUGGAUUUAAGCCCGAUGCUCGCCGAGGCAGGUUUACAAUUUGCAUUCCAAAUCACUCCGGCCGCAUUUGAGAUCACACCCAUUUCGGCUCCUGGACUUUCUUCCGAUGCCCUAUCCAAACUCUUGGAACCGUUCGUAUCACGGCUUGAUCAGGAAGGAAUCGACUAUUCCUACCAGGUCUCUACACUACCCGACUACAAGUCAUUCUACGAGAUUUACUUAGGACCUACGCCCGAGGGCCCCUAUCGUGCAAAUGUCCAGGUCGGAUCCCGAUUCGUGCCACGAACAUCGCUCGAAACUCACCGGACCAAGAUAAUUGAGGCUACACGAAACAUCACAGAGAAUACACCCGUCUAUAUUGUUUUUCACGUCGCUAACGUGACUCAGACAUCAGUAAAGAAGCCAGUGUCUGACAACGCUGUCCUGCCUCAGUGGCGUCAGACCAUCAUCCAUGCCAUGGCUGUAUUGGCCUGGGAUUUUGAGAUAGCUCAGACUGAGAUGCUAUCAAAGCAGGCUGAGCUCACCGAAAGCGUUAUCCCACAGUUGAGAGCGGCUUUACCCCCCGACUCUGGGACGUAUCUCAAUGAAGCUGAAGUGGGGAUCUCGACAUGGAAAGAGGAUUUCUUCGGCGACAAUUAUGAGAAAUUACGACAGGUCAAGUAUAAAUAUGACCCAGAAGAUCUAUUCUAUGCAAGUACUGCCGUCGGUAGCGAUGCCUGGUGGGUGGCAUCGGAUGGUCGCCUCUGUCGAGCUAACCCUUCGAACGUAUUGAGGUUUCGAGAGUUAUAG